AAAUCACGGACCCCACUUUCGUCGAUUCUUGAAUUUUCAGAAGCCGCUGAACGUCCAGAAGCCAGCUCGUCUUCCAGUUCCGGGGUUCUACCCCCAAGUCCCAAAUGAAGUUCAAAAGAUUCCUCUCGAUCCCAGUCUCUGCGGUGUUUCUGUUAGCGGGUUUUGUCUAUUACAUCACAGUGUUCGUUUUCGUCGAGGACUGGAUCGGGUUGCGGAGCUCAGCUGGUUCUUUGAACGCAAUGAUGUUCACUCUUUUGUGCUUUCUCUGCCUUUUCUCUUUCUUUGCUUGUGUUCUCAUUGACCCUGGUCAAAUUCCGGCUUCUUAUGUCCCUGAUGUUGAAGAAAGUAGGCGAUCAGAUGAAGAACCCCAUAAAAAUGGUGCGCAACUGAGGCACUGUGACAGGUGUUCAACAUACAAGCCUCCUAGGGCUCAUCAUUGUCGGGUCUGCAGAAGGUGUGUUUUGAGGAUGGAUCAUCACUGUCUUUGGAUAAAUAAUUGCGUUGGCUAUUGGAACUAUAAGCCCUUUUUUAUACUUGUCUUAUAUGCAACUAUAGGUAGCAUCUACUCUACGUUUACAGUAAUAAUCUCUUCAUUUCAAAAGGACUUCAGCGGAAGGGCUCCCCUCAAGGUUUUUUAUGUUAUUUGCGGAGCAGUGAUGAUUGCCUUGAGUGCAACGCUUGGAACUCUUUUGGUUUGGCAUAUCUACCUUAUCAUUCAUAAUAUGACGACCAUAGAGUAUUACGAAGGAAUACGGGCGUCAUGGUUGGCACGUAAAUCUGGUCAGAGCUAUCAACAUCCAUUCAACCUUAGUGUUUACAGAAACAUUACUUCGGUCUCUCUCUCUCUCACUCUCACUCCUUUUCUGUGCUCUGGGUGUUGGUUCUACAUUUCACUUCUCAUGACUUAUAUAUCCACAUUUCAAUUAUAUCUGUAAUCUGUCAAUAUGGUAACCUGUAUAUGCCUUUUGUUCAGGUCUUAGGACCAAACAUGCUGAAAUGGUGGUGCCCCACCGCUUUGGGCCAUCUAAAAGAUGGUCUUACCUUCCCUGUUUCCCGUGAUGGUUCCUAAAUUUGUUCGGCCUCCGCUCUGUUUGGAGUUUACUUCUCAUGCCUGUUAUUCAGUUUAUAGAGGAAUUAAGAGUUCCGUCAUUUUUUCUCUUCUUAAUGUGCAAAGAAGCCUGAAGCUGACUUGGAAGUGACUAAUUUUUAUUAUGGAUGCGAGCAUAAUACGAGGGUUCAAUUAUAUACACCAGAAAGUUUGCACACACUUUGAUGGUUAAGUCUGUUGUUGAUGAAGUCUUAAGUUCAUCGUUGUGCUCUCUUACCAUGAUGGAGUACUGCAAAGUGAACUUCUUGCAAAACAUGAUUGGAUAUGGAUAUUGUUAGGUUAUAAAUUUUUUAUGGAACACGCAUACACGAGAUAACUUUAUGUUGUUGCCAUGGAGAUGCUGUAUAUACUGUUGACAAGAGUUUCCUUUUUGCUUACCUUCCCUUUGUAAAAUAAGUAAUUCACUUUCA